AUGAGUGCCCGUCGACCUUCGCGCCGCCAAGACUUUGAGAUCGCGAUAAUAUGCGCCCUGCCACUAGAAUACGAUGCUGUUUCUCUGCUGUUUGACGAAUUCUGGGAUGACGAUGGUGAUCAGUAUGGAAGAGCGGCUGGAGACGACAACAGCUAUACAACUGGUCGCAUUGGCAAGUACGCUGUCGUUCUAGCUCUACUCCCUCAUAUGGGCAAAGCGAAUGCUGCAGGCGCAGCGGCUGGUUUGCGCUCAAGUUACAGCAGUCUCCGGUUAGCUUUGCUUGUGGGUACCUGCGGCGGAGUGCCUCGAGUUGGCCACGGCGAAAACGACGAGAUCCUAUUAGGUGAUGUUGUCAUCAGCAAGACCGUCGUCCAAUACGAUUUCGGUAGGAAGUACCCCGACAAGUUUGUACGUAGAAACACCGUGAAGGGUAACCUAAGCAAGCCAAACAAAGAUAUUCGCAAUCUAUUGGUCACAUUCGAAACCGACUUUGGCCGAGACUGGCUCCAGGAAAAGACUACUCACUUCCUCAAGGAGCUCCAGGACACCGCUGCCCGAAAGAAGCGUCGCAGCAAAUAUCAGUAUCCCGGAACAGCGGAGGACAAGCUGUUCGAGUCGACGUAUCGCCACAAGCACCAUAUACUACCGACUUGCAUCUGUAGCGAAUGCUGUGACGAAACUGACCCUGUUUGCGACCAAGCUCUGGACUCACUAUGCGAUGAUCUAGGAUGUAAUAUGGCAUACCUGGUAGGUAGGAAACGGCUGGAGAUGAAGAAACAAUUAGAGCAAAGUGAUAGCAAUGAGGCUCAGUAUCCUGCCAUCUUUAUCGGGCCUAUCGCAUCGGGCGACCAGGUGAUGAAAUCCGGAGAAGACCGAGACAGAAUCGCGCAGAGAGAGAAUGUCAUCGCAUUCGAGAUGGAGGGUGCUGGGAUUUGGGAGGAAGUCCCCUGCAUUGUAAUCAAGGGAGUGUGUGAUUAUGCAGAUUGCCAUAAAAGCAAGAAAUGGCAAAAUUUCGCAGCCGCGACAGCAGCUUCUGCAUCCAAGGCAAUUCUGCUGCGCUACGUCCAGACAGACAAACUCGCUAUUGGAGACUCGGCAAACCGCAGCCCAAGCCCAGCAGUGGCAGCCACGGUAACCUCGUCUUCCGAGCUCAAAAUACCAUCACCGCCAGUAGAGGUGCCUCGAAAUGUCUCAAACUACGUACACCACCAGAGUUCAGGUGCCGAAAUCAGACGCAAGCUUGUCAUAGUUGGUGAUGGCGGCAUCGGAAAGACUUGCUUGUUGGUCGUCUUCAACAAAGAGCUAUGCAAACUUGUUGAUAACAUCUCCAAGGUUUACGUUCCUACCGUCUACGAGAACUACGUGGCCGACAUCGAGGUUGAUGGAAAAGCCUUGGAGCUCGAGCUUUGGGAUACGGCUGGUCAGGAGAAUUACGACCGCCUUCGCCCGCUCUCGUAUCCCGACACACAUGUCGUGCUUGUCGCGUUCAGCAUUGAUUCGCCCGACACGCUUGACAACGUACAGGAAAAGGUUCGUGACUCUGCUCUGACCAGUCCUUAUCUGGUCAAUCACUUACAGAUACGUUUCAUUGUCGCCAGUGGAUAUCAGAGGUAA